GGCUAUUUAUCCUAGCGACCACGAGGUGCAUAUACUGAUUUGACUCGAAGCUUAAGAAGUCGGCGAUAUUUAGGGCAACCAGCAGCAUCUCGCGACUUGCGCUUACACGACUCAUGCCAUCUCAAACACUGACCAUCGGACACGAGUGAUUGAUCUAGGGAGAUAGAGUAUUCUGUUUGACGACCUCGUGGAGUUCUCGAGAAACAGCAUCUACAGCUCAUCGUAAGAUAUGCGGUGCCUGACGAUCGACAUAUGGAAUUCAGUGUAUUCGAAGUUUCUCCUCACGGUCUCAUUUACCGAGCAGAACACUAACAUGGCUCCUUCGUUGUUUACGACCGCUGUCCUCUCAGUCCUUGCUGCGUCGUCGUUGGCGCAAGCCACCAAAAAGACAGUCGACUUCAUUGUCGUUGGUGGAGGUACUGCUGGCCUCGCAGUCGCUAGUCGCCUGAGUCAGUAUCUGCCUAACAACACAGUCCUGGUCAUUGAAGCCGGUCCAGAUGGCCGCAAUGUGCCUGGUAUUUACAUCCCUGGUAUGAAGGGCAGUACCCUCGGCGGCAUUUACGACUACAACUUCACGACUGUUGCGCAACCACACGCUGGUGGCCGCUCCUGGGCCCAAAACCGAGGAAAGGUGCUGGGUGGUAGUUCCGCUUUGAACCUCAUGUGCUGGGACCGCGCUUCAGUAGCUGAAUAUGAUGCUUGGGAACAUAUCGGAAAUCCUGGUUGGAACUGGGACAACAUGAUUACCAGCAUGCUCAAGGUCGAGAACUACACUCAAAGUGUGUAUCCCGGACAGGAGAUCGACCAAGGUGUUGGAGUCGAUGGUCCCAUUCACGCCACCAUCAACAGAAUUCAGCCUGCCGAUCAAGAUACUUGGAUUCCAACAAUGGAGAAACUUGGCUUCCCAGAAAACAUGGAAUCUCUCGAUGGUAACCCUCUUGGUGUCUCAAUUCAACCCAACAACAUCGACACAACUAAGUACACACGUUCGUACAGCCCUGAGUACUUGAAGAUUGCCGGAGACAACCUCUAUGUCAUGACCGACGCUCAAGUUGUCAAGGUGAACACGGAAAAGAGAGCUGGCCAGGUCGUUGCCACUGGUGUCACUCUCAAGAACAAUGUCACCAUCAACGCUUGUAAGGAGGUCAUCUUGAGUGCCGGCUCCUUCCAGUCUCCAGGUCUUCUCGAACUUUCCGGUAUCGGAAACUCCUCAAUCAUUACUGCUGCGGGUAUUGAGCCUGUACUCGGACUCCCUACCGUUGGCGAGAACUUGCAGGAUCACAUUCGUAUCCAAAACAGCUUCAAACUUAAGGACCUGGCUUCCUUCGAUGAGCUCAAGUACAAUGCCACUUUCAAGGCCGAACAGCUUGCUCUUUAUAACGCCAAUGAGGUGUCCAUUUAUGAUUAUGCCGCAUCUGGAUUCGCUUACCUUACAUGGCCCCAAGCUCUCGGCAAUGAGUCUGCCAAACUGAUCAACGUCGCAAAGACUGCUACCAAUGGCAAUGCCUCAAUUAUCGACAAAACCAAGCUCGACUUCAUGACAGGCAACAAAAGCCACACCAUCCCUCAACUCGAAAUCAUCUUCUCCGACGGCUACACCGGAGUCGGAGGCUACCCAAUUGUGAACUCAUCCGAAUACGGCUCCAACUACUUCACCCUCCUCAGUGUCAUCAUGCACACUCUAUCCCGCGGUAACGUCCACAUCAACACAUCCAACCCCCUCGGCAAACCCAUCAUCGACCCCAGAUACUUCAGCAACGAAUACGACCUCCAAGCCGCCAUCGCCGCCACAAAACUCAACCGCAAAAUCGCCCAAACGGCACCAAUGAAAGACAUCAUCGCCGAAGAAUACGAGCCCAGUGCCGAUAUCCAAACUGAUGAGCAAUGGAGAGAUUUCGCUCUCGACCAUACUUUGACUAUUUAUCAUCCUCUGGGCACGUGUGCCAUGCUUCCCGAAAAGGAUGGUGGUGUUGUUAGUCCCGAGUUGAAGGUUUAUGGUACGCAGAAUUUGAGAGUUGUGGAUGCUAGUGUUAUUCCUGUGCAGCUUUCUGCGCAUAUCCAGACUGCUAUUUAUGGUAUUGCUGAGCGUGCUGCUGAGAUCAUUGCAAAGGAGUGGUCUGCUUGAUGCACCAUUGAAAUUGCGGAAAAGGCUUACACAUGAACCGAUUGACUUUUACUAUUUUAAC